UUAGGCUGUUCCGAGUUGACGUUUUUUUUUUUACAGGUGUCCACGUCGGUUUACAUCCCUGUCCUAAUCUGACGAUCUCCUAAAGUGACAGCUCACUAAAAGACAGGCAGACUCCUGGUCAUAAUGUCCUUGGUGGACUCGGACGACAGCUACGAUUUCGUCUUUAAAAUAGUCUUAGUCGGGGAUGUCGGAGUGGGCAAAACCUGCGUGGUCCAGCGGUUUAAGACUGGCACGUUCAUCGAGCGGCAGGGCAACACGAUCGGGGUGGACUUCACCAUGAAGACGAUGGACAUUCAGGGAAAGAGGGUGAAGUUGCAGAUUUGGGACACAGCAGGACAGGAGAGGUUUCGGACAAUCACCCAGAGCUAUUAUCGCAGCACCAAUGGUGCCAUCAUCACCUAUGACAUCACCAAGAAGUCCACUUUCAUGUCUGUGCCCAAGUGGAUGGAGGACGUCAAGAAGUAUGGUGGCACUAACAUCGUCCCCCUUUUAAUAGGUAAUAAGACAGAUCUGACUGACCAGCGUGAAGUUCCCUUCGAGGAUGCGCAGACAAUGGCUCACCAAUUAGACUUUAUUAGUGUCAUCGAAACGUCUGCCAAAGACUCCAGCAAUGUAGAUGAGGCCUUUAACAAGAUGGCAGCUGAGCUGAUCCUGAGACAUGGCGGGCCCAUGUUCAACGACAACGUGACGGACAGCUUUAAACUCAACAGCAAAGACGUGGCCAGCGAGGGCUGGGGGUGUGGGUGUUGAUGGAGUGGGUAUGGAUGAUUAAUGUUGGUUGCACUGUUGCUCCUCUUAACAGUGUUCACAUACUGUUAUCAGCUUUGUGAUCCAUUGCUCAGUCAUCAUCAGCAUUUGAUAUCAUUUGAUCAAAUUAGUUUAUCUGGGACCAGUAGAUUGACUAUCAGGUUUUGAAGUGACUGUGCCUGAUUAGUUCAGAGUCAACAGAUGGUUUGUGGUUGGUUUUUGUAAGGGAGCUGUUUGAAGUUCCUAUCUUUAUUAUAAUUUAUGAAUUGGUUUAAUGGUUUAAACCAAGUUGCUGAGUCACCUAAUCAGACAGGAACCUGCAAAAACAUCUCAUGAGCUCAUAGUGUAUAAGAUGAGAACUAAGCUAACUUCAUUUAUUUGCCAUGGUAUAUAGAUAUAGUCUUUUACAGUUUACGAAUAAAUCCAUUCUUCAUGCUAAUUUAGUCUAAAAGGAUAAAAUAGGUAAAUUUUUGUGAAAAUGUUUGCGCAAAACAAUGUUUACUCCAGGUGACACACAUGCAACAGAUGUUAUGUAGUAAUACUGUAAUACUAAUAGUUAACCUGUUGUUGAGGGACACUUAUUUAUUAAACUUUUAAUGGCUGCACAGCAGCAUUAAGAGACACUUGCAGUAUAGACUCCAGCAAGUUUCAGGUGUCUUACUGUUGUGUUAAACUGGAAACCUUGUUUCCACAAGGUUUCCACAACUUUGUAAUUUAAGUUUUAUUUUUUUAGUUUUAUUAGACUAAACAUAUUAGUGUAUGUUAUUAUUAUAUACAAGGAACAAAACCUUGUUGCUGCAGUUUUUCCUUUUUUAUUUUAGUUUUUAUAUCAUUUGAAAAUGACUGCUGCCAUUUCUUUAUUCUGUUGUAACAUCAUUACGAAUGAUAAAUUAAAGGAGAACUUCGGGGUAAAAUGGACUUUGGGUGUAUUAAAACAUGAUAAAAAGUACUUACCUUUGUUGAAUAGCCCACCACCGCUCUCCUUCAGCUUUCUGAGAUCAAUGUAUUUUGUGCACUUUGCCCAAACAGGCUUUAGAAUGAGUGAGACAUAUUUUUUGCCCCUGCAGAUGCAUCGCCUUUUCCACCGUUAUCCAGGCUCAAAGUAGCUCCACACUUUAUUGGUAGAAUCCGGAGAGUCCUGAUAUUUAAAACGAGCCAUUAAAAACUUUAAAAGUGCACAAGAAGUUUAUUAAAAACACUGUUUACAUCCAAUAACAAAGGUAAAUCUCCGGGCGUCGACAUCUUAAAUUUAAGUCACAAUAAGUCAACCGUCGAGCGUGAAUACUAAAACAUUUUGAGCAAUAUUUAUGCAAUUUGUUGUUGGUUCUUUGCAUUCUAAUAUCGACAGUAACCAGAUAUUUUCAGCAAAAGCUGGAAAUCAUGCAUUUCCAAGGAAUUCAUUUUGCAAUCUGCUCAACUAUCCUACCUAUUCAUUCAUGCUCAACAGUUGACUGUUUUGGUAAAGUGCACAAUAUAAUGGAUUUCAGAAAGCUGCAGGAGAAUAGAGGUGGGCUAUUCAACAAAGGUAUGUACUUUUUAUCAUGUUUUAAUACACCCAAAGUCCAUUUCAUACCAGAGUUCUUUUUAAGUAGGAGUAAAAGCUCUUUACAAUAACUUUCUGUGAAUAUUGAAGAGAAAUUUGACCAAAUUUGCAUAAUUUAAUCUUUAAAAUGUAAAGAAAUCAUUCAUUUUGGGGGUUUUGAGUUUUGUUGUUGUGCUGUAAGAAACUUACUAACUAGGGCUGGACAAUUACUCGAAAAUGACCCGAAACAGACAUUCAGAAGUCUAAUCAAAUUAAUCAUGCUCGAUUUGGUAACCUAAUUGUUUUGUUGUUUUUUUAAUUAUUGCUUUUUUUUUUCAUAUUACCAAUUCUAAAGACCAAUUUUACAGUGGUGAUGAAAAGAACUAGGUAUCUAGGUAUCACCAUAACUAUAACACACAAAUAUAACCAUAUUUAAACUAUUUUUAAACCCCCCAGUAAACUUCCAUAAAGGUUCUUCUGGGUUUUAUAUGAAAUAAUGUUGAUGGUCAAAUUAAGCGCAUUUCCACUGCAGGUUUGAGUGGUUCUGAGCAGACAAUAAUUACUCUCUAGUUUUUUUUGACACGUUUUGGCUUGGAACACUUACAAACCGGGCUGGACCCAAUUUUCUCAGCAUGGUUAGAUAACCGUAGUUGGGACCACAGACCCGUUCAGUGGGAGGACUUAAGGGCUGAGCCUGGUUGUCUGCAUUGCUAAUGCCAUGUUAGUGACGUUGGAAGUGUCCAGUUGCCAGCAGUGCUAACACACUACAGACUGUACUCUUUACUGCCACAAUGUCAUCUUGUAGGUGUGAAUGUAUGCACACAAGAAUGUUAAUACAUCUGAAAAAAAUAAGACAUUUAAAUAUGUCUGUAUAAAACAUUUACAACUAUAUUUUCAUAUAUUUAGGUUCUACGACUGUUGAAUUAAAAAACAAAUCAUGUUAUGUUAAAAAGGUUCUGUUUAGUUCAGUAGUUUAAAUAAUAACAAUAACCUCAGUGCAGUGGUUUGAUUUUGGUUCGGCUGCAUUACUCGUUAGUUAAAAGUCUGUGUAUGUCAAGCCAACUGUAGCCACAUUUUUACUGUUUAUAUCGGCAUCAAAUUUUUUAUUUUUUAAUGUUCAUUUUGAUAGGGUUUGGUAAAGCUUUUUCACAGCUUUGAAGUACGUUUGUUUAGUUUUUUUAGUAAUUAAGUUAGUAAUUUAUACUCGGUAUAUACAGGAUGUAUCUGGACAUUUUGCAAGCCACUUUUACUCUUUUUCUAAUUACAUAAAUAAAUGAAUUUUUCUACUUUGCUGUACAUUUUGUACAUCAGAAGAUUCAGACACUAUAUGGGACGUGUGGGAGAUUGGAUGUGUUUUUAUUUACUUGAAAGUGAAUUGUAACAGAAUCUUCCCGAGCGGAUGUGCCUUACAGUUUGGAAACUGUUAGAAUUAUCAAUUUGUAGCAUUUUUCUAGUGACAGGAGGUUUUGGAAAAAAGGAAGUAUGAAUUUUAUCUUGACAUAUUUUAUCAACAAAUUAAAUGUUCUUCUUUUGUGAUAAUGUGUUUAAUCUGUGUAUGCAAAAUAAUUUAAGACUGAAUGAUCUGUUCAUAUUGAAUACGUUGUUGAUUUGUUAUUUUAGGAAUAAAACAUUUUGGAAGCAUGA